UGUAAUACUUCUUUGUCUGAAUUUAUGCAGGGAAGCACUAGAAGCAGGAAUAACAUCGGAGAACCCUUGGCAACAUCAUACCACUCCAAAUUCAUGGGAACUGUUGAUUAUAUAUGGCAUACAGGCGAGCUUCUUCCUGUCAAAGUUCUUGAAACAUUGGCCAUCAACAAAUUGAAGGAAACAGGUGGACUCCCAAGCAAGAGAUGGGGAAGUGAUCAUCUAGCUCUGGCAUGCGAACUUGCUUUUGCUGAUCAUGGAACAGAGGAAUGACUUCCCCU